UAGAUAUUUUAUUUAGAUCCACGCCAUUUUGAAAUUUACAGUUGCACAUGAUGAGAGCGCUGAGAGCCAACAUCCACAUUCAUUCCCAAAUCUAGGAUUUCACUUGACGCGUUGCGCUUUGGAUGAACGGUGGAUGUACGGUAAAUAAGAUGCUAGUCGCGUUCAUGGAUAGGGAGACAAGCUUCCUCCAUCCAGACUCUUGACAGUUCUUGGAAAACAAAGGCUAUUCCACAUGAGAGACCGCCUUUUAUUCAGAACUUUCGCUUUCUGUUAUAAUGGUCAGCCUAUUCGCUACCAAAAAUGAAGCAUCGCAGGAACUCUUGUGACAGUCGUGGAGAAGUUUGGCUUAGUCAACAUCAAACUACAUUUGCGUCUGCACAGAAUCAAUCGUCUAUGCUUUAAGAUCAUGGAGGAAUGUCAUGAGUGGGCUUCAGUUCAGAAUGGUCCAUCACAAUGACAACGGCCAUACAAAUGCACCACCCAAAUCCGCAGAGCCUCCGAAACCCUGCUCCGUCCCACCAACACACUUUCACCCUUUCCGGGACCAGCAGGAAUGCAAUCUUAUCAAACAGGCUGUGGUUUACUUGACUCACAGUGGAUUUUACUGGGGCCCUUUGGAUGUGGACGAAGCUCAUGCGAGACUGGCGAAUCUUCCCCUUGGGACGUUCCUGAUUCGGGACAGCAUGCAGGCCAACGUUUUCUUCACGCUCAGCUAUCGGGCUCCUGAAGGCCCGACCAGUGUUCGAGUGCUGCUGAAGAACGAAAGCUUCAGUUUAGCAGGUAGCAAACACACUUUUUCAUGCAUUUUUGGACUGCUUGGAUACUACAUCGCAUCUCCGAAAAAAAGUUUGAGCAGGCCGUAUCGAGGGGAUGUCCCGCAAACCCUACAGGAACUUGCAAGACGGGCUGUAGUGCAGAGUUUUGGGAAAGAUAGUAUUCCACAUUUGCCUGUGAGCAAAAAACUUAAGGAAUUUAUAUGGUUGUACCCUUUUAGCAUAUGAAUGUGUGUGUUGUUUAUGCAGUAUGAAGAUCCUGAAGUUACUUGCAGCUCUUGAUCAUUUCAUAGGAUUCUGCAAUGAACUAAAAACAUGUAUUUAUGUCCGUCAUGAUCGUUUGAACUAUUCUAUGAUUUAACACAAGAAAGCACUACAAAACGGUUUGAUCCGACAUACACAGAAAGGUUAGCACAAUUGGACUUUGAUUGCUUUAAAGGGAUAGUUCAUUUAAAAGUGGAAAUUUUGUCAUUUACUCACUCUCAAGUUGAUUCAACCCUGUGUUUUUUUAUUCUGAUGAACAAAAUUAAGAUAUAUUUAAAAAUGCUGGAAACCUGUAACCCUGACAUGCUUAAUAGAAAAGAAAAUUCCACCAAAGUCAAUGUUUAUAGUAUUUUUUAGGGUCCAUGGUUACAGCAUGGUUAUCUGCAUUCUUAAAACUCAAUUGUAAGUCAAUGUCAAGCUGGUUUGACACUCAAUUGUAAUUCAAAGUCAAGCUGGUUUAACACUCAAUUGUAACUCAAAGUCAAGCUGGUUUAAAACCCGAUUGUAACUCAAAGUCAGGCUGGUUUGAACCUCGGUUGUAAAUCAAAGUCAAGCUGGUUUGACACUCAAUUGUAAUUCAAAGUCAAGCUGGUUUGACACUCAAUUGUAAUUCAAAGUCAAGCUGGUUUUAAACUCGGUUGUAACUCAAAGUCAAGCUGGUUUGACACUCGAUUGUAACUCAAAGUCAAGCUGGUUUGACACUCAAUUGUAACUCAAAGUCAAGCUGGUUUGACACUCAAUUGUAACUCAAAGUCAAGCUGGUUUUAAACUCGGUUGUAACUCAAAGUCAAGCUGGUUUAAAACCCGAUUGUAACUCAAAGUCAGGCUGGUUUGAACCUCAGUUGUAACUCAAAGUCAAGCUGGUUUAACACUCAAUUGUAAUUCAAAGUCAAGCUGGUUUAAAACUUGAUUGUAACUCAAAGUCAAGCUGGUUUAAAACCCGAUUGUAAGUCAAAGUAAAGAAGGUUUGAAACUCAAUUGUAAGUCAAAGUAAAGCAGGUUUGAAACUCAAUUGUAAGUCAAAGUAAAGCAGGUUUGAAACUUAUUUAUAACUCAAAGUCAAACUAAAUGACUAACCCUUUUAGCAUAUGAAUGUGUGUGUUGUUUAUGCAGUAUGUGUAAAUGAGACUACUUGAGUUUAAGUAAAGCCUGUUGCACACUGCAAGCGCAAACAGUGCGUGAGCAGAGCGUGUUUUUUUGGUGUCCUUGUUAACAGAGUAGCGCUUUCAUAUUGCACACAGAAGCAGCACAUCAGCGCGAAGCCUGAACAUCGCAGAAGUCAAUGUCAUGCUGGUUUGAAACUCGACAGUAACUCAAAGUUAAGCUGGUUUGAAACCCGAUUGUAACUCAAAGUCAAGCCGGUUUAAAACUUGUUUGUAAGUCAAAGUUAAGCUUAUUUGAAACUCAAUUGAAAGUCAUAGUUAAGCUGGUUUGAAACUCAAUUUUAAGUCAAAUGCUUCUGCUCUACAUACACACUGCGCCUGCACUGCUUGCACUUGCAGUGAGAAACAGCCAUUAACAAUGACCAAAUUGUGAUUUUUGAGUGAACUAUCCUUUUAAUAGAGUCAUGCUGGUACUUUUUAGAUUCUAUGAUGGAUCUAACAACUUGGUUACAUUUGAAUGGUAUUGUCUGUCUUUCUGAAUGUAAACCACUGUCCACAUGGCACUGCUGUUGAUAUCAGUAUCAUCUUUUCAGUUAUUUUAUAGUGGUACGUUGUAUGUAUUGGAUGUAUUACAUAUUAAGAUGUUCUUAGUAGAAAUAUGCAUUUCAGAAAGUGAGACUUAAAAUGUUUUUGUUCACAAUUGUUUUUUUUAAUAAAGAUAAAUUAUUUGAUGUCUGA